AUGAAGUUACAGGUUUUAUUAGGUGUUUUAGGUGCUGUUUCAACUGUCUUAGGUGCUGUUUCAAAGGGAGCUGAGAAGUCAAAAGUCUGUGCAAACUCUCUGAAUCAAGAUGAUUUAUCUUUUACUGGUUUUAAAUUUGAAAUGGUUCUCAAUCCAAUUCCACUUUCUGAGGUUGAUAAAAUAGGUGAAGAUAAAAGAUUCAGUUUCAAUUUACAUUUGUGCUCUAAUGGUUAUAUCUCAUCAACAAUUGUUACUUAUUUUUAUGAAAGGUUAAACUCUAAGGAUCUGACUACAUUAGUGCCAUUUAACAAAACACUUUCAUUACGCACAGGCGAAGGAAUCGAUACAAAAGCAAUCCACUUGAAAAUGGCUAGAAAUAAAAGAAGUUCUACCAUGCCAAUUUUAGCCCAGAAUAAACAAGAUGGUUCAAUUGGUGGUAUUUUCGGUAGCAUUGAUGGUUCCUUGUCAAAUUCUACUGAUAUUGAAUCUUAUUUCCCUGUUGCUGAAUUAUUUUUUGAUCCACAUCUGUCUUGGGUGGAGAAAACAUCUGACAACUUAUCGUUCACACAUUUUCCAAUCUACACAGGGAUCUUGGGUAUUUCAGAAUCACCACAAAAAGCUGUGACAAACCUGAACGGUCAUACUUUGAGAUUUAACCCAAAUUGGUAUGAAUCUGUCUCUGUCACUGAAACUUAUGAUUUUACAAAAGACGAAAGAGAUUUUUCUGCUAAGGUUAAGGAUGAACUAGCGAAGGCUACAUUUACAAUUUUGCAGAAAACUUAUAGGGGUCUGUUCAGAUUUCAUAAGCAUCAAAUUGAUAAAUACCAAGGUGUGAAACAAUCAUCAAAGCAAAGAUUAUUUAGUAAAGUCAGUGGAAUGUUCAAGUCGUCUACAUCAAAUGAUUUUGAUCCUAAAAAUAGUGGAACUUUAGAACUUGAAGCACUUGUUUUAUCUAAACUAGGACCAAAGAAAAGUGUUAAUGCAUACAGUGAAGCAGCUCAAAAGGCAUUUUCCCAACUUGCAUUCCCAGAACAAGUUUUCAAGUAUAAUAAAAGUGAAAAGAUAUUAAAAUUGAUUGGAAUCAAAUGA